AUGCCUUCAAUGCACGAUCGUAUCCGCGAGGAUAUCCUCAACAAGGAGCGUGCCCUGUGGACAGCCCUCACUUCGGCUGACCCUGCGCCCGCCGUGCAGAAGCUUUGCAACCCGGAAGCGAACAUGAUAUUUCCCCAGAUGGAGGUUCUGACGCUUGAGGACCCAUCCCAGUUGAAGGCCGCCUUGAAGCCACCAUUCCACCGGUUUGAUGGAUACCAACUCGACGAUGUCCGAACAAUAGUUAUUGAUCUCAUGGCCGGGACCGUGACUUACAAAGUCCGUGCGGUUCGCGGCAAGAAUGAGUAUCGCGCAACGGGGUGCACCACGUGGAGCCAAGCGUCAGACGGCGAGUGGCGAAUCGUUUGUCACCAGGAAACACUGUUGUAG